AUGAUACCUGCCGCAGAAAGAGGUCCAGCAGACGCUCCAGAGACAAAGACAGAGACAGGCGACGCAGGCGGCGGUCCAACAGCAGCUCGUCCCGCAGGAGGAGGGAGCGGAGAAGGAGACCGAGGCAGGACCAACCACUCCCAUAGGACACGCAGCUGCACCCGCAGGUCUCGUGAGCGGCGGCGGUCGCGCAGCAGGAGCAGCGGCCGGUCCAGCCGCAAGAAGAGCCACAACCGCAGCCGGCUGAAGGGCCGCGACAAAGACAAGGAGAAGGACAGGGACCGAGACAAGGGCAGAGCCAAAGCCAAGUGGUCCGACAAACAAGGGGACAGCGCCAGCAUCAAAGCAGCAUUAGAGCAUCUGACACCUGCAGAACAGGCCAAGGCUCGACUCCAGCUGGUGCUGCAGCCAUAACAGAUGAGGUACUGAAAGCCAAGAAGAGGAAGGACGAGGAGGCCAAGAAGAUGAAGAGGGGACGUCGCUGGCGGAUCAAGUGCGAAGGAUAAAGGACAUUGAGGCCAUUGAGAGCGAAUCCUUUGUUCCCCAGGCUUUCAAAUCACCCCGAGACAGUGUCAAGACAGAGUCAGUGAAAGUCGAGCAGGAACCGGACGACCCACCUCUGCUCCUUCCAGACAUCAGCUCUCUACCUACUACAAUCCGCUACAACGACAGCGACACGCUAGCACACCCCAGGUUGUUCCUGGACAAGGAGAAGGCCGAGGAGCUUUGGCUCAACAGGCUGAUGUCCCUAUGCCAGGAGAGGCUCAUGGGUAGUCCUGUGCCCUGAUUGGACGAGCUCUAAUUAGUCUAUCCUUGUCAGGCCACACCGUCAGGAACAACCCCCUGUCCCUAAACAUAAAUCUUUAUACAUUUUUAUUUAAUCCCUCAUUCACUGGACUUCCCUCAGACUUUUUGUCAAGAAACUACAAUGCUCCUGUCUUUAAGAAGAUUUGUAUUUUGUAAUUUUAAAUGAUUUUUUUAUUUUAUUUUAUUUUUUAAUAAUUUAAAAUGAUAAACUUGAAUUAGCUAACACAACG